AUGCCUUCCGAAGAGCGCAGAUUCCCAGUACGGUUUCCAAUCUUCGAAGGCAUAAUUCCACUAGGUGUUCACUUGGCGAUACGAACCCAGUGGUAUCGCCAAAUGGCUCGCCGUAUUCGAGCCAUUCCAGUCCUCGGCAUCAUUCCACGUACCGACUUCUUGACUAUCGACGAGGAAACAGUCGAACCCCUUCCGCUGUACACCAAGGUGCCAUCAGCCGGCGAGAUCACGGUCGAGAUCUCGACUUCGGAGAAGCUGCCAGACUACCGUGAUGCUGUGCCCACGGAUGAUGUGGUUGCCGGGAGGAAAAGGAAGCGUAGGACGAGGCUUGAUGGUCGUUGCAGAUGGUCGGCGAAGAGAAGGCGGACUGAAGUUGUGGUGGAGAGUACUUUAGAGCCCCUCAGGACCAACAACAGCGACAACGCAUUUCGUUCUUCUUACCUUUGCCGCGAACUUCGCAAGGACCAGGAAAGACAGCGCAAGGACCAGGAAAGCCAGCGCAACGAUUACCGCCAGCUCAACAACAACCACAUUGAUCUACGCAACGAGCACGACAAGCUUCCUGGUGCUGGCGAGACGACUAUCGAUAUCUCGCCGUCAGAGCAGGGGGAGAUGCUUCCUGAGUACUCUGAGGCGGGGAAAGAGGAAGAUGAGGGCAUGUCACAGGGCUGA